CUCUACACUUAAGCCACCUCACAUAGCUUGUGGAGCAUCCAGCAUGUCUCUGGAGCUUCCCAGUAGCUUGCUGGGUCAGGUUCAAGUACUGGAUAAAUCUCACCACCCAGUAGUGGUCCUAGAUGCUCCCAAAGAAUGCCAGUACCAUUUGGUGAAGAGGGCAAGACUAUUGUCUUCACUGCAGGUUAUAAGAGUUGUCAUGUGCAUACAGAGCAUUCCCAUCAUGUUCUUGUUGUCCUCUAUACACUGGAGAAUGGUGUACAAGAGAGGGUAACCAUGAAAUGCCCUGUACACGUUGUGCCCUCAUCCAUCCCUGCCACAAGCAGACCACCGGUGCUGUACAUCACCACCUGUGAAGCCUCUGGAAUGAUUUUGACACUACCUGAUGGAUCCCUUGAUCAAGUCAAUAUAAUGGAUAAAUCUAAUAGGAUGGUGGCAGUCGAGGAGCUUCCUAGAGACUGUGGCUAUUCUUUGCUGAAAGCAGGCGGGCAUCUACUUCUUACUGUUGGAUAUGAAGCCUGUGAUGUCAGAAUACAGGAUCACCAUCACAUUUUGACUGUCCUCUACCUGAGUGCCACAGGAGAUCGAAUAGUGCAUAUGAGAUGCCCUGUACAGCAGGCUUCUACAGUCGUCCCUACAGUGCCUACUGUCCAUCCUCAUCCUGUUUGUACUGCUUCAGGCAUGACUGUAGUUUUGCCUUCUGGAUCAUUGGAUCAGGUCAAAAUUAUAGAUAAACUGGGUCAAAAAAUUGUCGUAUCCAAAGCUCCUAAACAUUGUGGGUACAAGUUGGUCAAGGGAGAGAGAACCAUAACUUUCUCUGCCCCCUACAGAGCCUGUGACAUCAAGGUUCAGAAUCACCAUUAUAUCCUACAUCUGAGCUAUAAACCAGCUAUUGGUAAUGCAAGGACUGUGACCCUGAGCUGCCCAGUUGGAGAUCCCAUUAGAACCACAACCCCUGUAACCAGCACAAGGAAGCCACCUCACACAGAGUGCAUGACUUCAAGUAUGGCUGUGGUCUUGCCAUCUGGAUCUCCUAAUGAUGUCUAUGUUGUAGAUGGAAGUGGGCAUAAUGUGCAUGUCAUCUCGGCUCCCAAAACCUGUGGUUAUGCCUUGGAAAAGAAGAGGGAGCUGUUGGUCUUUACUGCCCUUUAUAAAGCCUGUCAUGUUUCGGUUCAGCAUGGCCAUUAUGUGCUUGAGGUGUUGUACAAAUCUGGAAGAGAGAAGACUCAUUCUAUGACCAUGAAAUGCCCAGUCCCAAGGAAACCACCUCCUACUCUUGCCACUUCCACCCGUUCCCCACCUCUAGUGUCCUGCAAACCCUCCAGCAUGAGUGUAGUGCUACCUGUGGAGUUCUCUGAACAAGUCGCCAUCGUUGGCCUACAUGGUGAUGAGAUGGUGCUGAGUUCAGCCCCUAAAGAAUGUGGCUAUAAAGUAGUAAAAUCCAUGGGGAAGAUCUCCUUGACUGUUCUGUUUACAUCCUGUGGAGUUCACAAAGUGGAGAACUUCUUUGUGCUGAAUCUUCAUUAUUAUCCAAUUGUUGGACACCCAGUAGCUGUGCAGAUGAAAUGCCCUGCUAUCCAUGUGCACCCAACACCUCCUAGACCUUCACCUACAGUGUCUGCUGAUCCCAGGGUUGCGUGUCAACCUACCAGUAUGACUGUAGAGCUGCCAAAGGGGAAACUGGAGGACAUCAAGCUGAUAGAUAAAAUGGGAAGGAUGGUGGCUGUUCAGCAGGCUCCCAAGAAAUGUGGUUACCACCUGGCAGAAGCCAAAAAGAUCUCCUUUUUGAUACCCUAUAAAGCCUGUGAUGUGAAGAUUAUGGACCACCACUAUACCCUGGCAGUGGCUUACACUCCAACCAGUGGAGGACAAAGGAAGAUUAUUGUCAAAUGCCCAGUUAUUGGAAAGCCACCAUUCCCUCUUGAAGCUGGGGUGUCCUGUAGUGAAGACUGCAUGAGUAUUGACCUUCCAACUGGGCCUUUGGAUCAAGUGAAAGUAGUAGAUGAAUAUCACAAUGCUGUAACAGUCAAGCAGUCUGUCCAUUGUGGAUACAAUCUGUCUUCUGGUGUGGGGAAGCUCCAUUUCUCAGCCUUUUACAAGGCUUGUCAUGUGAAGAUCCAAAAUGGCCACCAUGUUCUGACAGUCCUCUAUACCACCUCUGUGGGAACACAUGGAGAGGUGCAGCUGAAGUGUCCUGUUCAUGACCUUGUCUUCCAUCAGGGAUGUGACUUGCCCAGGAAAAAGCAAGUCCAGUGUGGUCCAUCUGGCAUUUCCCCAAAAGAUUGUCAUUCCAAAGGUUGCUGUGUGGAUCCCAAAACCUCCCACUGUUUCUAUCCUAUGGACACAUGCACCAGUGAUGGGCACUUUGUGUUUGCUGUCUAUCGAACCUCUUCCAAACCAGAUGUGGACCCUGGCAGCCUGUAUGUUUCGGAUCAUUCGUGUGCACCUGUCAUCUGCACCCCAGACUUUGCUGUUUUCAAGAUUCCUCUGACUGGGUGUGGUGCUCACAGAUUUGUCAUUGGGGAGACUUCCAUCUACUUGGCAGAUGUGUUUGGGAAAAGGUACAAGAAUCAUCAAAUGUAUGGCCAAAUACUGAGACAAGCUCCUUACCACUCCCAAAUUGAAUGCCGCUAUUCAAAAGGAACACAUGCCAGCACUGGCUACAUGGUGGUGAAUAGCCCAGCUCUACCAGAUGUUGUCUCUUCUGGAGCAUUGGGAGUUGUUCUGAGAAUUGCUAAAGAUGACAGCUACACCACCUUCUUUCCCGGACACCCAAGUUCCCCUCAGAUAUUUGUUGGGUAGCAAGAUCUACUUGGAAGUGAAGAUAGUAAACCCACCUACUCCAGAGGUGGUGCUGUUGGUGCACUACUGCAUUGCAUAUCCCAGGUCUUCAGAGAAUGUCUGGGUUCUGAUGUACAAUGGCUGUCCAAAUGCCUUGGAUUAUGGCACUGGCCUUCAUCUGAAGGAUCACAACUGGCAGCCUGUGCCAAAGCAUACCAGACACUUUGAUGUAACAACGUUCCAGUUUAUGGAUGCCAAAGAGAAUCUUCUAGAUGAGGAGAUUUACUUCAUGUGCUCAACAGAGAUUUGUUCACACAAAGAAUCGUGUGUUGAAGGUUGCUUUGAUGGAAGAC